CAAUAGGUUAUCAGAAAAAAAUCCAUUACAUCCCUAAGCCCCUCCCGUCCUCCCGCGACCGCCUCAAACAAUCAAAUCUCUGUCUGGAUCAAAAGCCCUUCUUGUUCGCGCUCCACGUGACCUCUAGCUGUCUCCGUUCAACCAGCGAACCUUCCUUCCUUCCUCCGGUGGAAUCAGAGUCUCUUUUAUUGGGUUUCUCGGAUUGGGAUUCAGCGAUUCUGGUUUGGGAUUAAAAAUUAGGGUUUAUAGAGGAGGAAUCAAUCGCCUAUGGCUCCGGGGCGUAAAAGAGGAGCUAGCAAGGCUAACGCCAAGGGGAAGUUGAUCCUCGGUGAUCUCGUUCUUGCCAAAGUCAAAGGCUUCCCUGCUUGGCCUGCUAAGAUUAGCCGGCCUGAAGAAUGGGAUCGUGCGCCUGACCCGAAGAAGUACUUUGUUAAGUUCUUUGGAACUCAGGAAAUAGCUUUUGUUGCACCGCCUGAUAUCCAAGCCUUCACUAAUGAGGCAAAGAGCAAACUAUUAGCAAGAUGUCAAGGUAAAACACUCAAGUAUUUUGCGCAAGCCGUCACGGAAAUUUGCACCGCUUUUGAAGAGUUGCAGAACCGCAAGUCAUUGGAUCCUCUCGAUACAGCGGAGCCUGGUUUGACAAAGGCUGAGACAUUGGAUGGAACAGGUCAUAUAGUCCCUAAAUUAGAUAAGAACAAUGGUGAAGAGACAAACGCUGAGACUGUGAAGAAGGAUUCAUCCCCGGGUAGCGAGUCACUGACGCAUAGUUCAUAUGACCCUAAAAUAAAGGAAGAAGAUUUUGAUAAAGGAACUGGCGGUGAUGGUUGCACUAAUGGUCAGAAGAAUCUGGCGAGAACAAAGAAGGUAGCUGGUGGCUCGGACAAAAAAGGUGAUACAAUUCAUAGAGACAAAAGCAGUAACUCACAUGUGCCUACUAGUGGUAAAUCUGAUUCCAAAAUGUCAAAAGGUCCGUUGACAGAGAAAUCUAGUACCAAAUUUUCCGGAGGUAAGCACGAAAAUUCACCUGGUGUUAAGAGUGGAGUUCCAGGCAAGAAAAGAAGGCUUGAAAGUGAACUAAGGAAGCCUGCACCAAGACUAGAUGAAAGCUCGCCUGCUGCUAAAAAACCGCGAACUGAAGGUAAAAAUGGCAGCGUUAAGUGUGAAAUUGAUGAUGAAUCUGAUCCUAUUGGGACUGGAUCAGAUAUUAAGCAUGACCUUGUUUUAGGAGCAAGUCCUCGUGAAGGAAAUUUAAGGGUGGGGAAAGGUCAUCUGGAACAGAAAGACCGUCCCUCUUCAGUUGCACAGUCUCUGAAAAAGCGAAGGGCUGUUUGCAUCUACGACGAAGAUGAUGAUGAAGAUCCAAAAACCCCAUUACAUGGAAGUCGAGCUGCUGUUCCCAAAACAUCAGAAUUGACUGAUGGUCCCAAAAGUGGCAAUGCCUCUACCAAAUCUAAGGUAUCUGCUGGACCUACAGAGAGUACUCGAGUAAAGAAAGCACCUCUGCGUAAACAUUGCGAGGAUGCUUCACGCGUAUUAUCGGAAAAUGUGGAGAAAUCUGCUAAUAGCUUACCCAUAGUGAAACCCAUCAGUGAGUUGCCGCCAAAGGAUGUCAAGCAGAUCGUUAAAUCUCCUAUGCUGUCUCCUCAGCUGGGUUCAUCUAACAAGCACGUUACAGCACAGCAAAAAGCUGCAAAGUCAUCUGUAAAAGUUUCUGGUGUUGUGAUGGCAAAGAAGCCUCAGAGUGAUUCUUGUAAGGAGGCAGUUAUGAAAUCUGAUAAAGUAAGCUCUUCUUUGUCUCAAGCUGAUCAGAGACACAAACCAGCUUCAGUUAAAGAUAGGCCAAGAGACACUUCUGAGGACUUGUCUGCUGUGAUGCCUGAUGGCAACCGAGAAAAUUGGAGUGCUCCAUUUACCAGUGCGAAGACCCCAGAUGCAGCUUCAUCUAUGAAGGAUCUAAUUGCAGCAGCACAGGCCAAAAGAAAACUAGCACAUUCACAAAAUUCAGUUUUUGGGAAUUUGAACCCUAGUUUCAUGAGCAUCAGUGAUACACAGAUGAGGAGCCAGAGCCCGUUUAUGGUUCAGAGUGCUUCAGCUUCUGCUGCCAUCGCAAUGCCUUUAGUUGUUGAAGGACAUCAACAGGAUUCUUCUCCGUCAAAUCAUGGGCAUCAGUCCUCAUCAAGAAAUCAAAAUGAGGCUGAUGUUGAUGAAGAGAGAAGACUUAGUUCAGGGCAUAAGUCAGCUGGAGGUUCACUUAGUGGUGGUACUGAGGCGGCUGUUUCCCGAGAUGCUUUUGAGGGGAUGAUAGAGACCUUAUCAAGAACUAAGGAAAGUAUUGGACGUGCAACACGCCUAGCAAUUGAUUGUGCCAAGUAUGGGAUUGCUAGUGAGGUGGUGGAACUUCUCAUACGAAAGUUGGAAAGUGAACCUCAAUUGCAUCGUAAAGUGGACUUGUUCUUUCUCGUUGACUCUAUCACCCAGUGUUCGCACAACCAAAAAGGUAUUGCUGGUGCUUCAUACGUUCCUACUGUGCAAGCUGCUUUGCCACGUCUUUUAGGUGCUGCUGCUCCUUCAGGGCUCGAUGCUCGUGACAAUCGUCGUAAAUGUCUGAAGGUUCUGAGGUUGUGGCUUGAUAGGAAAAUUUUCCCUGAAUCUCUUCUGCGUCGUUAUAUUGAUGAUAUUGGAGCUUCUGGCGAUGAUGGAACUAUUGGGAUUUCCCUGCGACGUCCUUCUAGAUCUGAGCGUUCUGUAGAUGAUCCUAUCAGAGAAAUGGAAGGGAUGCAUGUUGAUGAGUAUGGCAGCAAUGCAACUAUUCAGCUGCCUGGGUUUUUCUCUUCUCAUAACUUCGAAGAUGAUGAAGAAGAUGACGAGCUUCUAACAUCACAAAAAGCAAAAAACACAUCUUCUGGGGAACCUUUCAAUGCUUUAGAUGACUUGGAAAUGCGUGAUACUUCAAGUGAUAGACACCAUCGAGUUUUGGAGGAUGUAGAUCGUGAUCUUGAAAUGGCAGAUGUAUCUGGUGAGGGGAAAGAUGUAGCACCUUCCGCUAUCUGUGAGAAUGAGACAAAGGAGCAGUCACUGGAUGUUAGUGAACCAGUUGCGGAAAAGUCAACUGGGGUGCCUCCUCUUUCAGAGGAUUCUCCUCCGCUACCUCACGAAUCACCUCCAUCUCCCCCUCCUCUGCCCCCUUCUCCACCACCUCCGUCUCCACCUCCUCCGCCUUCAUCUCCGCCUCCGUUGCUGCCACCACCACCUCCCACAGCGCAGACCCCACCUCUUUCUUCACCCUUGUCUCAGCCUCCACCACCACUUCCCACAGCGCAGAUCCCACCUCUUCCUUCACCCUUGUCUCAGCCUCCACCACCACCGCCCCUUACACCUCCACCUUCACCUCCACCCCCACCUCCACCGCCUGCACAAUCUAUAGCUUUACCAACUCAACCAUCCAUAGCGAGCCAUCAUCAAUUACCACCGCAAUUAGGAUUUCCUCCUCCAGCAUAUCCAUUAUCGCAUCAAACAUACCCAGGAUCUAUGCAGCAAGACCGCUGUAGCAUUUUCACUGGCGAUCAAAUUGUCCAAGGGCUUGGAAGUUCUUCACGUGGAAGUCAUGUGCAGCAGUCAUAUAAUUUUAAUCCUGAAGCUUCUUCACAGAACCAACGGUUUCAGCCGAACACCACUCUCUCCCAAAGACCUAUGGUUAGGAAUCCGCCUUUAGCACCGUCCGGUCAUUUUCCGUAUCCAAGCCAUGUUCAAUCUCAAUCCCCGCAUACCUACACUCAUCCUUACUCUUUCCCACCUCAACGUGAUGACGGACGGCGAUAUAGAGAUGAGGAACCAUGGCGGAUGUCUUCAAGUGGGCGUAGUGCAGAAAACCAGAGUGGUGCCUGGAUACGUGGAAGACAUUCACAUCCAGGCCUUCCUAGAGUCACAGACAAUUUCUUUCGGCCGCCUCCAGAACGUCCACCUUCAGUGACAAUGAGCUAUCAACCUUCUUCUGCUAGUAACUUACAAUCUAUCCCGGCAAUUCCAGGUCAUGCUGCUCCCCAGAUGCUACCGUCUCGGCCAGACCUGCCUGCCGGGAAUUGUUGGCGGCCAGCUUGAAGUGAAGGUAGAAAUUCGUUGGCCUGCUCCUGUCUGCUCCUGUUAGUAUCAAGGAUAAAGAAGCGGCUAAUGUCUCAUUAACAAGGCUAAUCCUCUAGGUUUGAGUUUCUAAAUUCUAAAGUUAAGUCAGUGUUGUCAUCAAACAGUUAUACUACUUUCUCUUCCAUGGAGGACUUUUUCGGAUAUAUCCACUUCCAGAGGCAUCAAAACUACUGCCGACUUUUGUCAGGAUUCUGUAUAUUGUAUUUUUUCCUGACAAAUGUAUCUGGGAGAUCAAUAUUCUUCAAAGUAUAGUUUUCUUUUAAUUGGUCCGCUUCUCAGUUCCUGUAAGUAUGCCAAUUUGCACAAAGCUUUAACUGGUUAAAUGAAUUUCGAACUUCAUAAUCAAAUUAGAGUUUUUAUGUUUCAAUUUCUAAGCUCUGUAGUGAGUCUUUCGUAAUUAACAUUUGCUGGUCUCGGAGAAAUCAUAUUCAAGGAUUUUCAGUGCAAGCCUGAAUUUGAUCCCUUGGUUCCCAUACUAGAGAGACCUGUUGCUUAGGCUGUAUCUUGUUGUUUGAAUGAGUAGUGUCCCUUUAGGUCCAUGUAUGUGGCACAGCUGCUUUUUGUUUUAGACGUCCCUAUAACUACUUCUUCACCCUGGAGAAGUUCCCUUCAAAAUUUCCGUAUUGUUUCUUGAAAAUUUUUGUUCUCAUGCAUUUUUCUUGUGGACAUAAGCAAUGUCUCGAUGCCUCGUAUUUUUAGCAGGAACGAGAAGCAUGUGUUUCUAAGCAGUUUUGAGUCUAGUCAGUCCAUGUUACAAGAAUCUCCAUAUUGCUAUUUGUGCACUGCUGAUCUGAAGAAUUAUGUAGAAGACUUGUGAGGUACUGGUUUUUAUUUGUUUGUCUGAAUAUAUGUCAGUCAUCUCACUCAAGUCUUGUGUGUGUGUUACUGACAUAAUGAGGUUUUGCUGCAUAAUUAUGGUUUGAAGAAGUAUUUUCUACCAGUUGAUUUCUUAGUCAUUUGUUUUUCAGUUUUAUGCAAGAUUUUAGAAGAUUGAAAUAAAGAGUGUUAUUUUUUUGUUUACUUUUGCAUAGUUUCAAAUUAUGUUGGCAACUUGGGAUGGGUUUUGAGUUACAUGGAUGUGAGCUUAUGUGAUUCCUCGCUAGGCUUGAGACACCCAUCUAAUCUUAUGUCAGUAUGUUCAAAACAACAGCCUUCUUAGCUUUGUUUUACUAGUACUAAACAUGUGCUUGCAGCUGCCUGACACGUCUGUCGUGUUUAAUUGUCAUGAACAAGCUUGCUUGACGGUCUCAAAUAAAUGUGCUAUUUCUUUAGGCUUUCCUCGAUAGGAUAAUAACAUUUUUGUUUUGAACAAAAGUGGUGUUUAUGUGUUUGUGGCGCUGAUGAGUCUUGUUUAUUCUCUGAAAAUUGUCCCCGUGUUUCGAUCCCUAUCUUCCAGUGUUACAUUUUGUACUUUUCCCUAAUCAAUAGAUAUGGUCAAGAUAAACAUAAGCAUACAUAUGCAGAUAGCCUCUUCUUUAGCAAAUCCAUGAUUCAGUGCUUAUUUUGCUCAAUGGAUGAUGUCUCUGUGGAUCCCCCUCUUAAAUUAAGAAAUAGAUUGAGAGUCAGGGACCUAUCUCAUCAUAUGUUUCAUGAUGAACAGCAAGAAUUAUGCUCCAGAACAUAACAGUAGAAAGGGAUUCUGCAUUUCAUGUUUAAUCUUUGGUCUUUGACAGAAUCAACUGUUUUGAGGUUAUUAAGUAGUAGCAGUAUAGAGAAAUUUAUUUUCUAAGGGCAUUCACCAGAGAGAUUACAUAUUUUUAUCAGCAGAUAGUCGAGCGGUUAGCUUCUUGGUAUUUGAAUUAAGUCGCCUGUUGUUUUUGUACUGACUUUCAGUUGCGAGAAAAUGUAUUGUUGUCGUGCGACAGGCUUUUGAUGCAUAACUGAACCGCCUAGAGCGAUGGCAAGGCGGUCCUGAUGAGAUUAUGCAAAAGCUUGGUGUGAGAAACUUCUCUUGUGCUUAUACUCUUUAUCUUCAGUGUAGUGUACAUGGAACUACAAAGAACAUAUAUAAUA